CUCGUAUUAGGUGUUGGUUACCAUGACUGACCCGUACGAGAGGGUGAAAGGAGGGAGACUGACCUUCAAAGGUGGAGCUCUCGCCACUCUCAAAUCCAUAGAUAAGAAGAACAAGAAGAAGAAGAAGAAAUCGAAGCAGAACCUAAUUGACGAAACUUCUCAAGCUUCGGAAUUCGCCAGCGACGGAUCCGUUGCCAACAUUGACACCAGUGAUACCGCCGCAGAGGUUUACACCAUUGAUCCUGCGAAGAAAUUGAAGUACGAGCAGCUCUUCCCCGUCGAAGCGAAGAAGUUCGGGUAUGACCCCAAGUCGACUUCCAAGUCGGUUGAAGAUGUUCUCGAUGACCGAGUCAAGAAGAAGGCGGACCGAUACUGUAAAUGAGGUGCAGCAGCAUGACAUGAUUGCUGUAAUGUUAGGCUCACAGACUUCAGCUGAGGCUUUGCAUCUAUGCCGGUGGAAGAUACUCAGGAUAUUCUAUACAGGUGGAAGAUACUCCUCAAGAUACUCUGUCAAACCUGUGUUUCUAAAUCAUUGUAGACCAUAUCAGUUUGUGAAGUAGCUGCUUUGUCACUUUGUAUUACUGAAUUUAGUGGUAGUAAAAUCAGACUUGAUGAUCUUAAAUCUGGAUCCUUUAAUCCUUUCCUUUCUCUCCUGCUGAGUCAUU